GCAACUACCAGAUUUACAAAGUUGUCUUCCAGAGCUCCGUCUGUCCAUCGAUGACCUGCCUCCGACAAUGGCACUGCUCUUCGAAGAUCGAUCGCUAUUGGCGUCUUCAGCUAUCGACCGGAGGCAAUCUGCUCUUUGGGUUGGAUGAGAUAACAUCCUUCAAGCCAUCCGUGCUGUCAAUCUAGGUAGCCUGUUAACCCUGGAUAACCAUCUGAACCGACUCGAAUCCUCCGCCGAGCCAGUGCCAAUCCACCUUCACGACUGUGCUGUGCUACCCCACUUUUUAAAAGUUUGACAACAACCUAUUACAGUAGUACCUACCCACCAUGUCCUCCGAUGAAGAAUCGAGCGGAUCAGGGAGCCAAUCCGAAGAGGAUCUCUCUGACGACGAGACGGAGUCCGAAGGAAGCGAUGAUGGCGAGUCGUCGUUGGGCAAGGAGUUUCUAGAAUUCACAAACUAUCGACUGCUGCCAGGGGAGAGCUGCCAUUGUACGGACGUUGUAGCAGCUUUCCGGUUGUUCUACGACAAAUACAAGUCAGUCGACUCUUUACCGGACGAAGAGAUAGAAGGACUGCUGAACGAUUGGAACGACAAAUAUGCAAAAGCCAAAAAUAAAGAUGGUGUCUAUGAAGGCUUCCAAUUAAAUCCAAAGUUCCUUGAGAAGGGUGACAAGAAGAAGGAUAAGGACAAGAAGAAAGAUGACAAGAAAAAGGAUGACAAGAAAGAUAAGAAGAAAGACGACAAGAAGGAUAAGGACAAGAAGGAUGACAAGAAGAAAGAUGACAAGAAGAAGGACGAUAAGAAGAAAGAUGACAAGAAAAAGGAUGACAAGAAGAAAGACGACAAGAAGAAAGAUGAUAAGAAGAAAGAUGACAAAAAGAUGAUAAGAAGAAAGAUGACAAGAAGAAGGACGAUAAGAAGAAAGAUGACAAAAAGAAAGACGACAAAAAGAAGGACGACAAAAAGAAAGAUGACAAAAAGGACAAGAAAAAAGACGAAAAGAAGGAUAAGAAAAAGGGAUAGUUUGCAGGUCAAGCUGGACCGCCUUCUCAGGUUGGAUUGCAUCAGCUUCUCCUCUCUUCUCCUCAUCCUGGAUGGUUGUGUAGCAUCGUGGGUUGGGUUUGUUUCAACCUCGCCAUACAUGGGAAAGCUUUCCAGAAUCCACAUUCGUGGUACGGUGUGUUUAUCCAUCUAUCUCAGCGUACGGUAGGGACGGUUGGAAGCCCGCACCACUCUUCUUGUUGUAGUUGUGUUGUCGUUGUCACAGGGGUGAUAGAAAGGGCUAUGUGAUGAUAGCAUGGCUCUGCUUGGAUCUUAAAGCGAUCUCUUAGUAUCUGGAAACAAACCAGUAGCUUGCUAUUGUAGAUUUGAAUCAGUCCUAACGGGAUCAGGGAUCCCUUUGUUUUGGUAGCAAGUAGAGGUUGCUACUUAUGCUCUCACUCGUAUGCAUCGCAAGACAUGACGUUUACGAGAUACCGGUAGGGCAACGACAUCACCCAUAUCACACGCUCAGAUGUCGAUUGCAACGAACCC